GCAGUGUAAACGUCAUGCGUGUAUUUUUAAACUGCGUUUCCUUGGCAACAGACACAACGCCACACAGACACACACUAUGGCCUCCACAGACGCGACUAUACAGGAGAUAUGGAGAAUGAAGAGAGAUGCUGGUCUGCGGCGUCUGAGCGGCUGUUUUCACUGGACAGACUUUGAUGGAGAUGAUAAACGGCUGCGUUCACAUCAGGAGUUUGUGUACGAGAAUGUGAUGCACGCGCUUAAACGAGGACUGCCGUGCUCGAGCGUGGGUCAGCUGGCACGUGUGACCAAAGAUCUCCUGCCCAGACUUGUGGGUUUGAAGACAUCAGAUGCUGUUGGUGUCAUCAGGGAUCAGCUCUCACAGAUCCAGCCUCGUCUCUCCAGUGGACAUCAUGCUGUUCUCGUCGACUUUAUUUUAAAAACAUAUGUUCCUCAUCAACGCCUUUAUCAGGCGUUUUUAAAUGGUGACACAGGCCUCCGACACAUCCGAUCUGAGCUUGAGGUUGAAGGGCCGCCUCAUUCAACGCCCCUGUGUGAGGGAACAGAUGCCGUGGAGCUUGAACAUCAGCAGGUCCUGGAGGAGACUCGGUCUAAGAAAGAAGAAGAUAUCAUGAAACUCAAAGUGAAGACUGAAGCUCAGAUGAUGGCCAAACUGCAGGCCUGUUUAAAUGAUCUUCCACGUGAAGGAAAUGUUUGCAGACUGGAGGUGGAAAAGUUACUGCACAAUUUUCUGCAGUCGCAAGGACAAAUUAUGAUGAAGAGUUUGAUGGAGGAGGCCAGUCUCACCGACAGCCUGCUGAAUUUGAAACUGAGGCAGAAAUCUCAGCUGACAGAAAGACACUUAACAGAUGAUCCGGUUUCCACCAAACAGCACUGUGUGCCCACGUCCACUAAAAAGAAGUUUGUUUGAGUAUAUAUACAGAUAUUCAUGUAACAUAAUAAAAUGUACACGUCACCGUGGGCCUGCUAGAGAAAACUAAUAUGCCUUAUACACACUGUACCCAAAAUAUGAGCCAUCACCCUCUCAGGAUCUGUGAAUUCUGUAAAUACACUAUUUACAUUUAAGGGAUUCACAAACAUUUACAUUGUCAUUCAAAACUUAGCGUUGCAUUAUGUGUUGGAAUCCAGGGCAAGCAAAACUGGACUUGUCCACUUCUAAAUUGUAUUU